CUUCCUACGCUCAGAAUCAGGUUGUCAAUCAUUGCCCUGCACCAGUGGUGUGCUGGGGGCGAGGUUGGGUUUCAUCACAUGCUUGCCGGGUAGAGGCAGAUAGACCGGUGUUGCUGGAUACAGCCAGCUCUCUGACAUACUCUCCCCGCUGAGUUCUCCCACCAGGCUAGCUUCCCACGGUGGUGAUUCGCAGCCUAGUUCAGAGAAUAGUCCAGCGGCGGAUGUCCGAGCUCGUGUUUGGAAAAGAUUUUCUUUCAGAAUGACCACUCAACUACAAUAUGCGUUUGAACAAUACAAGAAAUUUUAUGAAGAUUCAGUUUUGGUGCUCAAUGGAAUUUGCCAUGAUAAACAGUUAAAAGAAGAAAUCAAACAUUGGUUAAUAACAAGGGGUGCAGAUUUGGCCAAACUAUCGGUUGAUGUGCAUGAAAUUAUUGGCAAAUCUCUGCGCAGGUCAGGGAAUUACCCAAAUAUCUUGAAGAAGCUGAUUGGGGCUUUUGAAUUAUUGGAAUUGGCUGCUGUUAACCUGAUUCUGUUCCCAUGGCGAAUAGAGUUCAAAACAAUAAAAACUUUUUCAGGAGCCUAUCUGCACCACAUAAAACCUGCAAUCUGCCAUGAAGACCUUGGAAGAAUUUUUAAGAAAAUGGGCUAUGUGCAAAAGGAUAACCUUGAAUUUGAAAUGAAGGACCUUCCAGAUUGUUUGCAGUUGAUUAGUCUGGCGUUUAACUUAUUCGUUGCAAGAAUUGAAUGUGAAAUCUUGUCGGAAGUAGUUGGAAAACUUGAUCACUUUUACGAGGUUUCAGUCGGAGAAUUGUUUCAUCAAAGAAUGUUAAUGAUCAGUGUUGACGCCUGUGUGGAUAAACUAAACCUGACCUAUUCUGCUGCUGCCACCCAGAGAGAAAAUCAAUUUAAAAAAACACGCAUAUCCGUUUCCAGUGGAGAAAAUAUCGAUGUUGAUUUAAUACCUAAUUUGAGUGCAAAUAAUCUGACAAGACCUCCUCUCGGGAGGGAAUACAAUAGAAGUGCAAUCCAUUCAUCGUCAACAAGAAUGCUUAGGUCUUCUAGCCGUGACCAGGAUAAGGAUGAUACUUGCAGCAGGCACAUGGCCGGAAUCCCUGAUACUGAUUGCAUUUAUUCUGCAAAUAUUAAGGACGGCGAAUUUGAGAAAUCUCAAGAACUACCGAAUGACAAGCCUGAGCAUAAUUCUGUUAGUAGCCGCAAUAUAGUUGGAAAUAGUUUAGACCCGAAAGGCUACAAAAUGCACAACUGCCUUGUUGAAGGAGAAUCCAUUCUGCUGUGUGAAACAUGUUGUACAGCCCAUACUCAUUCAUGUGACAAUUUAAAAAAUUAUGCAGGUCAUACCAUCAAAUAUCUUGACGCUCUAAACACUGUUCACCCCCAACAGGCUGAAGCUGCAUGUGAUGCUGUUCCAUGGUCAUAUGCAGACGUAGUAAAAAAGGAUCCUGCAUGUAUGAUCUGUAGACGUCCACCAAAGCAGACGUGUCCUAGAUGUGGCAUGUUUCUGUGUAAACUCUGUGGUUUCGAACGGAUGUUGAAAUGUAAUAAAUGUGACAUAAUGCUUGAAAAAUUGUAACCCUGAUUUUUCAUAUGAAUCACUGGGUUACGGUGAAAGCUGAAUAGCUUACAAAGUAAUUUUACAUGGAGACAUAAAAUAGAGACCAAAUGAUCGAGCAAAAACAAAACGCUGGAGGAAUUCAGCAAGUCCAGUAGUGCAUCCAGUCGGGACCCUUCUUUAGACUCCUGACCUGAAAUGUUGCCUGUCCAUUCCCUCCACAGGUGCUGCUAAGUUCCUUCUGUGCUUUGUUUAUGAAAGUAAUUUUAUGGUGGAUUUAAAAUCAUUGAUCUAUUUGUAAAGUUAUCGCUGUGAAAUCAUUUUGAUUUGUAUACCCUGAUUUUUCUUAUAAGAAUUGUGUCUGAUCAAAUGUACUAUACUGGAGAAAAUUUGUCAUUUUGUAUUAAGUUGUUUGAAUCUGAAUGCGCUUGACAUUGUGAUGUGCACAGUAAAAUUUUACAUGUCGUAAUAUCAGCUCUUUGGGUAAGUUCGGUGAAGAAAGUUAAUAAACCUACACACUUUUUCUGCUCUAA